GAGUUGUAAUGUAAUAUGGGAACAAUUCUUUUCCUUUUCCUUUUCCUUUCUCUUUCUCCUUCCUCCUUCUUCUUCCCUCCUCUCUCUCUUAUUUCUUUUGAAAUGAGUAGAACUGAGCUAUGAUUUAUGAAUAAAUAAGCUGCAUUGUGAUGGAGAAGGCAGCCAACCAAAGUCUUGUUGGUUGCAAACCCUUGACGACAUUCGUCCAGACCGACACGACCACAUUCCGAGAGGUCGUGCAGCGCCUGACCGGGCCAUCCGAGAGCCAUACACCGCCAUCGAAGGCGGCGGGAUCAUCAAAGAGGCCAAUCGCAACCUCCAAGCUCCAUGAAAGGAGGCACUUGACAAGACCAAAGCUGCAAAUUGUGAAACCAGCAGCUUCCCAUUUCUUCAAGCCAACUAGCUGUAUUUCAUCGGAGCAUCCGAGCUGCACUUCGAGCCCGCUCGGUACUCCGUCGAAGAUCUUGUCGAAGCUGUCGAUCGGGGACGGGGAGAAGGAACUGAAUGCCAUGGAAGAAGAGAAGGCAAUCAAAGAAAGAAGAUUUUAUUUGCAUCCAUCUCCAAGAUCAAUGCCUGGGUAUGCCCAGCCAGAGUUGCUUACAUUAUUUCCUUUGGAAUCUCCAAAAACAAGUCAGAAACCGUCAAAUUAGACAAGAGAGAGAGUUUCCAUCUUAAUUAUUGAUUUAGAUUCAUUUGGCCCAGAAAGCUUCUCCCUCCUUUCUUCCUCAUUUUUCUCCUUAUUUGUGCAUAGGGCUUAGAAUGGAGGAACUGUCGAUUGUAGAGCACCUAAGAAAUCAAAAGACAGAAUUUUUUUUUUAGAAUUUACGAAAUGAAGGAAUGGAAUUGCACACAUUAUCUAUUAA